CUUGGUCUCAGAACCUUUUAAUAAACUUUCCAUUUUCAUCGGUCCCCAUUCAAUCUCCUCCAUCUGUCACCCUACGAUCUCCCCCUCUUCCCCAAUCCCCAUCGUCCAUCCUCUCUCUCUCCUCCUUUCUCUCUCUAGCCCCCCAUUCGCGGAUCUCGUCACUCCUAAAUUCUCUGGUUUAGCUUACAUCUCUUCUUUAGUUUCAUCCCUUUGUUUUGAGUAGCAGUAAUCCAAUCACACCACCCACUUUGAUUUUGUUCGAUUUUGUUAGAUUUUCACUCUGUUUUUGUUAUAAUCAUCUUUAAGGUUCUUGUUAAUGAAUUUCAAUACUUUUUCUUGCUCGAAUUAGGGUUUUUGUUACAAAUCUUGUUUCUUUCUUUCGUUUAAUCAGUAAAGACUCGAUUUUUACGACUUUUUUCAUCUGGGUAUUUUCCGAAUCCAAAAAAGAUUCUUGAUUUCAUCUGGGUUUUGAAUCUUUUUCAAUCUUUGUAAUCUUUUGUUUUUGAAUUGGAUUAUGGAUGACCGGAGCUUUAACAACCAGCGAAUUCACGGCAUGUCCGACGUCGUUUUCGAAUGCGUGUUAGCGUACAUACACGACUCACGUGACCGUCAGUCAAUCUCGUUAGUCUGCCGGCGGUUAUGUGAGUUAGAAGCUCAGACGCGUAAGCACGUGACAAUAGCUUUAUGUUACACAACCACACCUAAACAGUUACUACGAAGAUUCCCGUUUGUUGAAUCUUUAAAGCUGAAAGGGAAGCCACGCGCCGCCAUGUAUAACUUAAUCCCGGAGGAUUGGGGUGGGUUUGCGACGCCGUGGGUGGAGGAGCUUUCCAAGUCUUUUAGUUCCCUAAAGGCUUUGCAUUUCAGAAGGAUGAUUGUUAAAGAUGAAGAUCUGGAGUUGUUGGCACGUGACAGGGGGCAUGUUCUUCAGGUUCUUAAACUUGAUAAGUGCUCUGGGUUCUCCACUGAUGGGCUCUUGCAUAUUUGCAGCUCUUGCAGGAACCUUAAAGUAUUAUUUCUAGAAGAGAGUCAAGUAAUAGAGAAGGAUGGAAACUGGCUACAUGAGCUUGCUAUGAACAAUACUCAACUCGAAGCGUUAAACUUUUACAUGACGGAUUUAUCACAAGUUAGUUUUAACGAUCUUGAGCUAAUAGCCAAACGAUGCAAAUCUUUAGUAUCGGUCAAGAUAGGUGAUUGUGAAAUCUUGGAUCUUGUUGGUUUUUUUCGGGCUGCAGUUUCGCUUGAAGAGUUUAGUGGUGGGUGUUUUAAUAAACAAUCCGAGGAGUAUGCUUCUUUAGCGUACCCCCCGCGAUUGUGUCGGUUAGGUCUGAAUUAUAUGAGCACGAACGAAAUGCCCAUUGUGUACCCUUUUGCUUCGCGGUUAAAAAAGCUUGAUCUCCUCUAUGCCCUUCUUGACACCGAGGAUCAUUGCGUGUUGCUCCAACGGUGUCCUAAUUUAGAAGUUCUUGAGGCGAGAAAUGUGAUUGGAGACAGGGGAUUGGAAGUGCUAGCGCGCUCCUGCAAGAAAAUGAAACGACUUAGAAUCGAAAGAGGAGCGGAUGAACAAGAGCUCGAAGACGAAGAAGGUGUUGUUUCUCAAAGGGGAUUAACCGCCAUAGCACAAGGUUGUCUUGAUUUAGAAUACAUCGCUGUAUACGUAUCCGAUAUCACAAACGCAGCUCUAGAAUCCAUGGGCAUGAACCUGAAAAACCUCUGUGAUUUCCGUAUGGUUUUACUGGAUAAAGAAGAAGUCAUCACAGAUUUGCCACUGGAUAACGGAAUCCGAUCUUUACUGAGCGGCUGCAAUAAACUAAGAAGAUUCGCACUCUAUCUUAGACCCGGAGGGUUAACGGAUGUGGGUUUGACUUACAUCGGUCAACACAGUCAGAACAUAAGAUGGAUGCUUCUGGGCUAUCUCGGAGAAUCCGAUUCCGGGCUUCUCGGGUUUUCUAGAGGCUGCCCGAGCCUACAAAAGCUUGAAGUAAGAGGGUGUUGUUUCAGUGAAAACGCACUUGCUAUGGCGGUUUUACAGCUGAGAUCUUUAAGGUACUUAUGGGUACAGGGUUACCGGGGAUCCAAAACAGGAUUCGAUCUGUUAACAAUGGCCCGCCCGUUUUGGAAUAUCGAAAUAAUCCCGCCACGAAAGGUUAACUGUGGAGAUGGUAGAGAGAUGGAACAUCCUGCACAUAUACUUGCUUAUUACUCUCUUGCUGGACCGCGAACCGAUUUUCCGCCCUCGGUUAUCCCACUUGCCUCCAUUACUCAGUAAAUGUGUACAUAUCUUUAAAAAAAGGUAGCAGUCUUUUUCUUGAGAUAAGGUCCAGGUUGGUUUUGUUUGUUGUAUCAUGUAGUUGUUGUAUCUUUACUGUUUAUAAUGGUUUGUAUUGGUUUCGUGUUAGUUUUGGAACGACUAUCCAGCGUGUGAUAAUUCUGUUAUCUUGAUAGAUUUUUCGCGGUU